AUGUUGACCAAACUGGAUACAGAAUUUAUUCAGGGUCAGAAUUCAGAGAAAGCCGGAGUGGGAAGCAACGGCGAGCAGGUGCAGCCUCUGACGCCCUUCCCUCCGCGGGAGUCUGCCUCUCAGCUUCCAGGGAGAGAUGAGAACGACAGGGACCCGGAGAGAGAAAGAGACCGAGAGAGAGAGAGAGACCGAGAGAGAGAGAGAGACCGAGACCGAGAUGGUGAUCGAGAGGACCGCUUCAGACGGCCAAGGGAUGAAAGUGGCUGGAGAAGAGGACCAGCUGAGGAGUCUUCAAGCUGGAGAGAUGCAGGUCGUCGUGACGAUAGGGACCGCGAUGACCGGCGUCGUGAGAGAGAUGAUCGUCGUGAUCUAAGGGACAGACGAGACGACAGGGACCGAAGAGGACCGCCUCUCAGAUCAGAGCGCGAGGAAGUAAGUUCUUGGAGACGUGCUGAUGACAGGAAAGAUGACCGGGCAAAAGAGAGGGAUACCCCUCGUCGUGUUCCUCCUGCAGCUCUUUCGAGAGAUCGAGACCGAGAUAGGGAAGGUGAGAAAGAGAAGACCUCCUGGAGAGCUGAGAAAGAUAGGGAAUCUCUUCGUCGUACUAAAAAUGAGACUGAUGAAGAUGGAUGGACCACAGUACGACGCUAA